AUGGCCCACGGAAACGAUAUCGUUCAUAAGAACCACUUCAGGAAGAAGUGGCAGUUUAUGGUCAAGACCUGGUUCAACCAACCCGCCCGUAAACAUCGGCGCCAGGAGGCUCGCAAAGCCAAGGCCAAGCGCAUUGCCCCUAGGCCUGCUUGUGGACCAUUGCGCCCAAUCGUAAAUUGUCCCACUCUUCGCUACAACAUGAAGGUUCGCCCCGGGCGUGGAUUUACACUCGAAGAGCUGAAGGCUGCUGGCAUCAGUAAAAGGAUUGCGCGUUCUGUCGGAAUUUCCGUCGAUCAUCGUCGUCGUAAUUGUUCUGUUGAGAGUCUUCAGAGGAAUGUAGCUCGACUCCGAAAAUACAUGUCGAAAAUCAUCCUCUUUAACAAAGCGAAGAUCCUUCCCGUACCUGUUCACGUGGGAGAAAAAGACAAGGUUACUCAGAGGAAAAUGGUCAUGCCGAUUGUUCAAAAGUCCAAACUCGAAAAGCCUCAUAAGAUUACGCCUUCGGAGGCUAAGUAUUCGGCGUUCCAUGCCAUUCGUCAGCACCGGGCCAACAAACGUCUCGCCGGAAAGCGUCUCAAGGCUCGUUUGGCCAAAGCCAACGAGUAG